CUCCACCAUUUUCGAGCUGCCCGCGUUUCUGAAAGAACGACGCGCAUAGCGGGCGGGCAUCAUCACGACAACCACCUCAAUUUUUCAUUCCGACCACCCUUCCCCGCGACGGCUGUCCGACUGCUGUGCCUCUUGUCGCCGAUAAUUACAGAGACUACUUAGCGACUUUUGGCUUCAUUUCGAUCUGGUCUGGCUCAACCGUCCAAACACGAAACAGGAUCUCACCACGGUGAUUGAGAAUCAAGCACGAUGGAGGCGUUGCUAGGCGCUUCCAACUCCAACCCUUCGUGCGGCUCCAUCCUCGAGCUUAGGGAGCAACUGCGCAGCGUCUUCAGUACCAAGGUCACGGAAAAGAGAGCCGAACACGUCUCAGUCACAUUGGAGCUGCGCUCGACCAGCGUGUUUCAUAUUCCAGUCACCGAGCCUGAGAACGAGCAACUUGAGCAAGCCGCCUCGAUCGAUCCGUCGUUGGGGGGCGCGCAAUCCAGCGUAGCGCCUGUAUCAGGAGAAGGAGGCGCCAACGGCAAUGUCAACGGAAACCAACCAACGCGGCAGAUCAACGCGAUUGAUGCGCUGAUCAACCAGCCCUCCGACGACCACGUCUUGCAGAAAUCGGUUGCGAAGCAUAUCAUCACGACGUUGGGUGAAAUCGAUGGCAGUAGCUGGGCGGUGCGCCAGGUCUCGCGCGGCGAACAGGGCUGGACAUUUGGAUACGUCUGCAAGGAUUCAUGGCAAGCUUGGAGUCGUCAGAAUGCUAAGAAUCCUGCCCGAGCCGUCAUCGGCGAAUGGAGCCAGAAGCCGGAUAGUAUGGAUGCUGUUAAUUUGAGCCGCCCUGCGUUUGACUGCAGAGGAUCAGUAACGGUUGCGUUUUUGAAGGGCAGAAAAGUCAUCGAAGUCAAAUACGAUCACACGCCUCUUCACAAAACAGUAGGACAGCUUAUCGAACUUCUAGUGCCUCCGCCGGCUCCUCGCGAACCCAAGCAUGCGUUGCAACGAAGGGAACCAAAGAAGCCAAAGGAACCAAAGCCCCCAAGGCCCCCAAAGCCCCCCAAACAGCCAAAGCCACCCAAGGAUCCCAAUGCGCCAAAACCACCCCGGAAGAAGCGGCCCGCAGGCGAAGGUGGCGCAGGAGACGGUACUCAACCCAAGAAGCGCCGCAAGAAGAAGGACGCGGCUGCUGUUGGUCCAGACGGGAGGAUUCUUCCGCCAGAGAUGCGAGGUGCGCUACCAGUCGGAGAGUCAUCUGAACGACCUCUUUAUAACAGCCAUGCAGGCGGCGAUGCCCAAAACGGCUACAGCACUUAUCCAGAAGGACUCGUCGGUCAAGCCCCAGCUGCGGCCGAUGAGGGCGUUCAUGUUCAUUCCAUUCUCAACAUUCCUCCUGCCGAGGCAGCUAGGCGUCGCACGGUGGCCAUCGACCUACUCGAAUCAGGCGGCAUUGACCCCAAGACUCUUUCCCCCGAACAGUUCAACAUCUUUGCCAACCAAGCCCCUGAACUUCAACAGGAGUCCUUGGAUAUGCUCAAGAAGUACGGUGCCGAGCGACUCCGCAUCGUACACCCCGAUAAGGAACAGGGAGAUGGUGCACAAGCUGCUCCUGCUACGCAGGCGGCCACAGCACCAUCAACAGCGCCGAUCAAUCCCUCAAAGAAGAAGUCUAAGAAGAAGAAGUCCGGAGUAGUGGACAGUGAGGAGGGCGUUGCCGCGUCGGGUGGUAAGAAGAAGAAAAAGAAGAACAAGGAGAAAUUGACAAGAGGCAAAUGCGAUCCUUGUCGCGAUCGUAAAAUACCGUGCACAAAGGAGAAACCAUCUUGCUCGCAAUGCACGACAUCGGGGUUGCAAUGCCAUUAUGCUCUCGAGAGGAAAGUGAAAGACAUUUCUCCAGAGUCAGAGGCAGAACCAGAGGCCCAGUCCGAGCCUGUAGUUGUCGAAGCCGAUGAAGAGCCGGAAGGCUUAGGGUCGCCGGGUUUUCAUAAUGAGCCGGCUCACCAUGAACCUGCUAGCCAUGAACCCUUUAACCAAGAACAAGACAGUCAUGAUUCAAUCGAUAAUAAUAUGCCACACGGACUACCAACGUCUGGGUUGGUCUCACCUCAACCGGAAUCAUCAACAACAUAUCAUCAGCCUUCCGACCUCUACCAGCAGUUCAACUCGUCGGUGGACGCUUCGGCUACUCCUGAAGUGGCCCAUACCGGCGUCACACCUGCAGCAAUGGACUAUAUGCAUUCCUCGGUUACUGACAACUCUUUGCACAACUUCUCAUACACCCAACCUCAGUCUGAGCCCGAGCCGGCGCCGGCACCGGUACCCGAGCCAGAACCCAUACCUGAGCCUGUACCUGUUGUUGAGCAACCUCCCCCUGUCCAGCACACAUCUAACUACGCUCAGCAGUCCAGCUCAACACAGGCGGGCGGUAGGACAAGACGGAGUCUGCCUUCAGGGCCAUCGUUGCAAAGCGGUGCCAUGAACGGUCACACCACCCAUGCUCCAACGGAAAGCUGGACUCCUGUGCCGGUACCUACUAUCCCGGCCGCCUACCAGAGCAAGCCCUCUCCCAGGGCUUCAAGAGCAAGGAAGCCAGCACCAGCCGCGCCUCAGACGUCGAUGCAAAAUACGACGCAACACAGAACCCAGAAUGCUGUGCAACAACCGGUGUCACAAGCGUUUGAUGACCUGCGGCAAGCCUCAAGCUGGUCAUCGGUCCCUCAACCUACUAUUCCUGUCCAAAAGACAAGUCAACAACAGGCGCGCACCUCGCCCUAUCAAGCAGCAGCUCAGACCGUUCGUACUUCGUCUCGGCAGGGCAACCGAAGCCAGAACCAUACACCGGUACAGCAGCAAACCAGUGCGCCAGGACGGCAUAGCCAGCUGCAAGCUUCCCAAUCCCAUACGGACAACUCUAGUUACCAGUCCAAUACAGGCGUAACAGCCUCCACUUCGGUUGGUAAUUACGAUAGCUAUUCGCAGUAUCCUACUAGCAAGUUUAUCAGCAGCGCAGCCCACGGCUUCCUCAUACAACACCAACACAGCUACGGCGGCGCCAAGCACAUCACAAUGGGGGUCGACUCCCUUCAGGGCUUCAACGUCAGGCCGCAAUCCAUGGCCCAGACCAGGUCCUCUACCGCCGCCUAUGCCCAGCAGCAACAGCAACAUCACCAGCAGCAAUCACAGGCACAGCAGCAGCAGCGACAGCAGGUCCAACAGCAGCCAAGCUACAACAGCUACACAAGCCAGUCACACACCACGAACACGCAGCAACAGCAGCAUCAACAGCAGCAGCAGACGCAAAACUGGGGUUACGGCAGUUUCGGAUCGACCACUAAUGCCUCGUCGACCGGUUACGGCUCCACCGGAGCCAGCAGCAGCGCGAACAACAGCUACUCGACGGGGACCUCGGCAAGCUCGCACGCCCAUAAUGCGGCGCCGGCUGCGACCAAUGCUGCGGCGUACAGCCACCAGCAGCCUCAUCAUAGGUCGAUGAACCUGUCAAGUAAUACGUACAGCAGCCACAUUGGGAACGAGGAUCAGGUGCUUUAUGAUUUGCUUAGACACCCUGGUGCUUAG